AUGAAAGACUCAAUGACUGAGGACCUCGCUGCAGACUAUGACAAGGCCGACAUGGUCUGGGUCAUGGUCAGUGGUGUGCUGGUCUGGAUUAUGAUUCCUGGUGUUGGACUGCUAUACUCUGGGCUUUCCAGAAAAAAACACGCUCUUUCUCUGUUGUGGGCCUCGCUCAUGGCUAUUUGUUUAAUUUCCUUCCAAUGGUUUUUCUGGGGGUACUCGCUUACUUUCGGUACUAACUCGUCUGUGUUUUUGGGAUCGCUGGAUAACUUCUGCCUAAUGAAAGUUCUUGGUGAUUCUAACGCGUUGUCUACUGUCCCAGACAUUGUCUUCUGCUUUUUCCAAGGAAUGUUUGCCAUGAUUACCGGAUGCAUUAUGCUCGGUGGUGCGUGCGAGAGAGCUAGACUCGGCCCAAUGAUGGUGUUUCUGUUUCUCUGGAUGACUGUCGUGUACUGUCCUUGUGCUAUGUGGACAUGGAACGCCAACGGCUGGCUUGCAACCCUCGGUGCUUACGACUUUGCCGGUGGAGGACCUGUCCACCAGGCUUCUGGCUUUGGUGCCUUGGCCUACGCUCUGAUUUGCGGUAAGAGACACGACCCUGUUGCAGGCUCCAACUUGCCUAAGUACAGACCUCACUCUGUUACCAGUGUUGUUCUGGGUACCGUUUUCCUGUGGUUCGGAUGGUUUGGAUUCAAUGGAGGAUCUUCUGGAGAUGCCUCCAUCAGAGGAUUCUACGCCUGUGUCAACACCAACCUGGCUGCUGCUUGCGGUGGUCUUGCCUGGAUGUUCCUCGACUACUUCAGAUGCGGCCGUAAAUGGACCACUGUCGGAAUGUGUUCUGGUGCCGUUGCAGGUCUUGUUGGCAUCACUCCAGCAGCAGGUUUCGUUCCUGUUUACUUUGCCGUCCCAAUCGGUGCUCUGACUGCCAUUGCUUGCAACUACUCUGUUGACAUCAAGAACAUGAUUGGAAUUGACGACGGUUUGGAUGUUUGGUGUCUUCACGGAGUUGGUGGAUUCACUGGUUCUGUGUUGACCGGUCUAUUUGCUGCAGACUACAUCAUCGCUACUGACUACGGUGUCUCUGGUGAGGGAGGAUGGCUCAACCACCACUACAAGCAGCUGGGCUACCAGCUAGCAGCCAAUGUUUCUAUCGACGCAUGGUCUUUUGUCGUCACUUCUAUCCUGCUGCUGGUUCUCAACAGAAUUCCAUUCCUCAAGAUAAGAUUAAGCGAGGAGGAAGAGGAGCUGGGUACUGAUGCUGCUCAAAUCGGCGAAUUCACGUACCAGGACUCCAGGGUGUACAUCCCAGAGCCAGUGAGGUCUGUCAGAAGCAUCCCAGGUACUAAGGCCACCAAGUCCAACGAACUUGACGCUGAUGCUGUCCCGCUUCCAAAAGACGAAAAAGUCGAUGUUUAA